AUGAAGGUCGCAAUCCAGCCUUAUGACCCCGACUGGCCCUUGAAAUUCCGAGAGAUACAAGCCCAGCUUUUUGAUAUCCUCCAUAAGGUGGACAUUAUAUCUAUCGAGCACGUAGGAAGCACCUCCAUUCCUUCGCUCAUGGCCAAACCUGUUCUGGAUAUCGAUAUUAUAAUCCCUAUUUCUUCCCUUGAGGCUGCACGUAGUGCUCUCAAAGGCGCAAAAUAUUAUGAUUGUGGCGAAAUGAAUGUCCCAGGUCGGUUUGCGUUCCGACAGCCGGGAUAUGGGAAGCUCGAUGCGGCUCAUGGGAGAGGCAGAAACGGGGAGCUACGAUAUAACACCUACCUUAUGAUUCAAGGAUGUGUAGCCUUGAGGAACCAUCUCGACGCGAAGCGAGUAUUGUUGGAAAAUCAAGACCUACGCGAAGAAUACGCGAGUGUCAAGAACAAGCUGAAAGAGACUGAGUUUGAAAAUAUCGGCCAAUAUGCCUCUGGAAAGACAGAUAUUCUCUGCAAGAUCUUGAGAACAGCCGGGUGGAGCGAGGAAGAUCUAGAUCCAGUGAUUAAAGCCAAUAGCUAA